AUGGGAGCUGAUCAUUUCAUAUGGCGGAGCUUUGAUUAUCCUGGUGACACAAUGCUGCCUAACAUGGUGCUGGGAUACAAUAGAAAAUCUGGAAAGAGCAAUAUCUUGACAGCCUGGAAAAAUGAGAAUGAUCCAUCCACUGCGAUAUUCUCGGUUGCAGGUGGAUUGGCAAAGGAGAUGCCAGGACAAAUGAGCAUGUGGAACAUGGAACUAUUUCUUUCACUUAUAGAGUAUUUGAUGGAAACUCUCGCAUAUAUGGACAUCUCCCCAGAAGGAAAGCUCAAGCUCAUGCAUUCAGAUAAUGGUGGGAACUGGCAUGUCUACUGGCAGGCACAACAGAAUCCAUGUGACAUCUAUGGAGCAUGUGGACCUUUUGGGGUUUGCAAUAAUGCUUCUGCAUCUUCAAUCUGCAGGUGUUUGAAAGGGUUUGUACCCAAGUCAGACAAUGAAUGGAGCAAAAGAAACUGGACAGGAGGGUGUGUAAGAGAAACAAAUUUACUUUGCGAGAGUCACACAAGUCAGUCAGUUUCACUAAAAGAAGAAAAAGAUAAGUUUGAGAAGAUGGUAAUGGUGAAAGUACCAGAUAUUCAUGAAUAUAGGCCAUUACAGGCAGAAGGCAAAUCGGAGCACUGCAAGUUAAAAUGUCUACAUAAUUGUUCUUGCCUGGCUUAUGCUUUUGUCAACGAAAUAGGUUGUUUGGUAUGGUCCAAAGACCUUGUUGAUAUACAGGAGUUUCCCUCUGGCGGAGUAGAUCUUUUUAUCCGCCUAGCCCACUCAGGAGGCAUCAAAGCAACAACAAGGCUCCUUGGAUUGACUGGUAAAGUCCAGAGAUCAGGAAACUCUCUUCAAGAGUACAUGAGAAAGCAUGAUCUAUCAGAGCUAUUAAUCUUUAACUUUGACAGCAUAUCGAUUGCUACAAACAAUUUCAUCAUCACAAACAAACUCGGGGAAGGAGGCUUUGGCCUGGUAAUACAUAGAGAUUUGAAGGUCAGCAACAUUCUCUUGGAUGAGAAAAUGAACCCAAAAAUUUCAGAUUUUGGAUUGGUACGUAUUGUUCAUGGGAGGGAUCUAGAAAAUACACAGAAGGUUGUGGGAACACUAGGCUAUAUGUCUCCGGAGUAUGCCAUGGGAGGAAUAUUUUCAGAAAAAUCAGGAGUCUACAGCUUUGGGGUCUUGGUAUUGGAAAUCAUUAGCAGCAAGAAGAAUAGCAACUUCUAUUACCAUGAACAACAGCUCGGCUUGCUAGCCUAUGCAUGGCCCUUGUGGACUGAAGGCAAGGGACUGGACUUUGUAGAUGAAGAACUUCUCCACAACCUAAGCAGCCUACAUUUGCUUGGAAAAGUUCUGUCCCACAGCUUCAAAAUAGUUGCUCCACAAGUGACACUACCAUAA